AUGGAUUCCGCAAAGGAAGCCGUUCGCAAAGUUGCCCACCCAACUACGUCUAGUGAUGAUAAAGGCGGCACUCAGGACAAGCCCGGUCUCGAACGAGACUUGGAACCAAAGCCGACCAAGGUCCACCUUCAGGGCGCAGAAGGGCAAGCUCUUUACACCGCGUGUGGGAAGCUCAAAGGCAAGAAAGCCGUCAUCACCGGUGGAGACUCUGGAAUUGGUCGAUCUGUGGCGGUUCUCUUCGCCAUGGAAGGGGCCAAAGUGGCAGUCGUCUAUCUUCCUGCCGAGGAGGAGGAUGCACAGCACACAAAGGCUCAGGUCGAAAAGAACGGAGGAGAGAUUCUUCUCAUCGCCAGCGACCUGAGCCACUCGGUUAACUGCAAAGACGUGGCCGAGAGGAUCAAAUCUACAUUCGGGACGGUCGACAUCCUCGUCAAUAAUGCUGCUACUCGGAACGAAAGAGGCAGUAUUUCUGACAUCUCCGAAGAACAAUGGGCUUCGACUUUUCGCGUCAAUAUUGAUUCCUACUUCUAUCUUACCAAGUUCAUUUUACCUUGCAUGGCCAAAGGUGGCUCUAUUAUCAAUAGCGCCUCGGUGGACUCGUACAUCGGCGUCCCUAGCAGACUCGACUAUGCUACGACCAAGGGCGCUAUUAUUGCCUUUACGCGCUCAUUGUCUAAUGAUCUCAUCAAGAAGGGCAUCCGUGUCAAUGCCGUUGCCGCCGGGCCGGUUUGGACACCGUUGGUUGCUUCAGGGGUCGAUAAACCUGGACAGAAAGGACACGGGCUGGGGAAUUGGACGCCAAUGGAUCGAAUUGGACAACCGGUCGAGGUUGCCACCAGCUACGUCUUUCUCGCGGGCAAUGACAGCCAGUUCAUGAGUGGGCAGACGCUGCAUCCCAACGGAGGCAUUGUAGUUAAUGGCUAA